AUGCUUCAUUAUCUAUCGGUACUCGUUGCUGCGCUUGCAGCUAGCACUGUUCAAGCUUCUGCUGAUAUUGUCUCUGGUGCCACAUGGACUGCAACAAACACCGGCGAGCAUGUCCAAGCACAUGGACACGGCUUGAUCGAAGUUGAUGGAACCUACUACAUGAUCGGCGAAGACAAAACCGACGGAACCUUCUUCCAAAACGUCAACUGCUACUCCUCUACUAAUCUCGUCGAGUGGACAUACCGAGGCGCACUUUUAUCCCGCACCAGCGAGGCGGGCGAUCUUGGACCCAACCGUAUUGUCGAAAGACCCAAGGUCAUUUACAACGAUGAUACGAAAAAGUAUGUCUUGUAUCUGCAUAUCGACAGCUCAGACUACAAAGAUGCUCGAGUUGGUGUGGCUACGGGUGACAGUGUCUGUGGAAAGUAUACCUAUCAUCGCAGCUUCCGACCACUUGGCAAGCAGAGUCGUGACAUGGGUCUUUUCAAGGAUGAUGAUGGUUCUGCUUAUCUUAUGACCGAGGAUCGCGAGUAUGGAACGAGAAUCAUGGCCUUGUCCGACGACUAUCUCAAUGUUACCGAAAUCACAUACGAAUGGAAGUACUUUGCUGAGUCACCUGCUAUGCUAAAGCAGAACGACUACUACUUUAUCUUUGGGUCCCACCUAACUGGGUGGGAUGCGAAUGACAACGUUUACAGCUACGCCAAGUCUCUGUCUGGCCCGUGGUCAGCGUGGACUGAGUUUGCACCCGUUGGAUCAAAGACCUAUCAGAGUCAAGUAAGCUACAUCCAACCACUGGGUAACGGUAACGCCAUCUACAUCGGCGAUCGCUGGGUUUCCACCAAUCUUGUGGCUAGUACCUACGUCUGGCUACCCCUCAAGGUCGAAGGAACAAAGGUUACACUCAAUUGGUACGACUCUUGGUCACCAAACGUCUCAAAGGGAACUUGGUCCGAAACCAAGAUGACGAAACUCGAAGGCGAAAAUGCCGUGAUGGCUAACGACGCGAGGGUAAUCUCUUGCAAUGAGUGCAGUGGUAGCAAAGCCGUUGGAUACAUUGGUGGAGACAAAAAGGGUACCCUUACGUUCAAGAGUGUCAAGAGCUCGGGUGGGUUGAGCACCAUCAAUAUCAAGUACCGAAACGGUGACACAGGUUCUCGUUACGCAACUGUUUCCGUCAAUGGAAAGUCGCAGAAGCUUGCGUUUCUAUCGACAAGGCAUCUCUCGCAGACUGGGUUGAGUCGUGGGUUCUUUGAUAUGGAGGAGGGAGACAACACUAUCACCAUUUCCAACAACGAAGGCUGGGGUCCUGACGUUGAUGCUUUACUGCCACCGGUAGCCUAG